AUGUCAAAAGAAGUUAAAGCAAGUGAAGUGGCUAAAGUACCCGAAAAAUCAGCAGCUCAGAAGGUGAGCAAGACAGGUUCAUUCAUCGCCGGUGGUUUAGCUGCGUGUAUUGCAGUAACAGUUACCAACCCAAUUGAACUGGUCAAAAUCAGAAUGCAGUUGCAAGGUGAAAUGUCUGCAAAUGCUCAAAGAAUUUACAAAAACCCUGUUCAGGCCAUUGGGGUCAUUUUCAAAAAUGAGGGUAUUAGAGGUUUGCAAAAGGGUCUUUCUUGUGCCUAUAUCUAUCAAAUCUGUCUAAAUGGCUCCAGGUUGGGUUUUUACGAGCCCAUGAGAUCUGUCUUGAAUAAAACUUUCUUCCCAGACAAGGAUCCUCACACUGUGCAAAACGUAGCUGUCAAUGUGGUUUCCGGUGCUACCUCAGGUAUUAUUGGUGCAAUCAUCGGAUCACCCCUAUUUUUGGUCAAAACUAGAAUGCAAUCGUACUCUCAAUCAAUUCAGAUUGGUCAACAGACACAUUACACGUCCGCUUGGAAUGGGUUGUCAACAAUCUUCAGAAAAGAAGGCUUCAAGGGCCUUUUCCGCGGUGUAGAUGCAGCUAUUUUAAGAACAGGUGCUGGCUCUUCUGUUCAAUUGCCAAUUUACAACACUGCCAAGCAUUUCUUAUUGAAACACGACUUGAUGAAGGAAGGGGCUGGUCUGCAUCUCGUGUCGAGUACUAUUUCCGGUUUGGGUGUCGGAGUUGUUAUGAACCCAUGGGAUGUCAUUUUGACAAGAGUUUACAACCAGAAAGGUAACCUAUACAAAGGACCAAUUGACUGUUUUAUCAAAACUGUGCGGAUUGAAGGUGUCAGUGCUUUGUACAAGGGUUUUGAGGCUCAAAUUUUCAGAAUCGCACCUCACACUAUCUUGUGUUUGACCUUCAUGGAACAGACUAUGAAAUUGGUGUAUGCCGCUGAAACAAAGAUUUUCGGAGCAUGA